GGAUGCGGGCAGCAGCAGCAGCAUCAUCGCGCAACGUGUUAGGGUGCCGCGGAGGAGUCGCAGGAGUUCUGGGGCGGGCGACGUCGCACGCCCAGGCCGCGGAUGGGCUUGUGCAGGAGGCAGGACGCAUGCUGCUGUUUAUGCGCAGUCUAGUUUUGCGAGGGCUGUCAGGGGGUGGCUGUGCUGCGGGUUCCGCUUGCAGGCACAUCGUUGCGGGUGCGAGUGGGUGGCAGCAGGCGGAAAUCGGCCGGCGUCGGGCCGUCUGGUGCAGUCGGGUAGGUUUGCGGACGGGGCGCAGGGCAGUCGGCCGGGACGCAGCGCGGCGCUGGAUCUGCUGUGGUUGCGGUGGUUUCGGGUAUGCGCAGGAGGUGGUUUUGGCGGUGCGAGUGCGGCGGGGCGUGGUGCGUAAAAUGGCCGGCUGUUGGGUAGCUCGUGGAGCGAAUGACGGCAGUGGUCGAGGAAGUGUGGAGAGUGGGGUUGUUGGUGAUAUCGGGGCUAGCUUCUGAGAAGGGGCAGGGUAUGGUGCCGGACGACGGCGAUGAUGACAGCCAUCGGCGCUGAGUGAGACGAUAGGGAGUUUGUGGGCGAGAUAUAUAUAUAUAUAUAUAUAUAUAUAGAGAGAGAGAGAGAGAGAGAGAGAGAGAGAGAGCGCAAGAGAGCGAGAGAGCGAGAGGGAGACGCCCCCUCGCGGGCGCCAUGCUUUCUUUGAACAAGCGGCCCAACGGCGACGGUAGUUGUGCGUACGUGGUGUCGUGCGUGCUGCCGGACGGCGACGAUCGUCGCAUCGUGAAGUCGAGGAAGUUUGAUUGCAGGGGCGCGGACGAUGUGGAAGCGCAGCGGAGCGCGGUCCGGUUCGCGAGGGCGACUGAUACGGUGGCGGAAUUCCGAGCAUUCCUGUUGGAUGAGGGGGAGGGAGCGGGAGCCGGAAGGGCGAGGGUGAGGUCGUACGUGUGCGUGCGCGAGAAGCAGGGGACAGGGGUUGGAUAUGCCGUGGCCAUGUGCCGGUUGGAGAGCGGGCAGUUGCGGAGCAUUUCGUUCUUGCGAGGGUCGGGCGCGGACGAGGCGGCGGAUGCGAGAGGAGAGGCCGAGGGACAGGCCGUGGGAAGGGCGGUGCAGUUUUUGCGCGGCGUGGGGUUCGAGAGCUGGCGCAAGCAGGCGGGCAGGGAGGCGGUGGUGAAGGGGCGAGAGCAGGCAGCGGGGAGCGGGGGCGAUUCGGGGAGGGAGCGCGGGCUGAAGCAUCCGUACUCGUUCGUGGGGAUAGAGCAGGGCGAGAAGGUGGACUGCAGGUGUGGCAAGAAUCGGAGCCACGGGCUGAUGGUGGCGUGCGAGCGUUGCGGCGUGUGGGAACACGCGGAGUGCCAGGGGUUCCGGAAGAGUGGCAAGCAGAUCCCGGCCGAUUACAUCUGCUCGGCAUGUGUGCGAGCGGAGAGGGAGGAGGUGACUGUCAUCGGAUGUGAGGAACAGGGAAGGGAUUGGAGCGCGAGCACAGAGGUCGGGCAUGCAGGGAUGGGGUGGAGGGAGCAAGGGGAUCGAGGAUCGGUGUGCUGCCUUUGCGGUUGCGAGGACAACGAGCAAUUCGAGGCUCUGGUGAAGCCUUGUGGUUGCAGUGGGUGCUCCGUGGUGGUCCACAGCAGCUGCGCGAGCGCGGUGAACGUGGGAGGUCCGCAUAAGGAGCAGCGGGUUCAGAGGUUGGGAGUGUGCUGGUUCUGCGGGAGUCGUGCGAGGGACGGUGCGGGCAGCGACACGAAGUUGGCGAAAGGGUGUCGGUCGGGGCAGGAGGCGUCGGACGGCGGAGAUGGACAGGGAGGGAAGGAAGAGCAGAUGGGGGCGGCGCGAAAGCGGCUGAGAAGCAACAGCGGGAGCAGCGGAGGAGGAGGGAAAGGCGAGCAGCAGGGGGUGAAGGCAUUGGCGAAGAACCCGAGGAGCGAGGCGGGGGCAAAUGCGGUGCAAUCGGAGAGAGUGCAGGCAGAAGCGUCGCCGACGGAUUCGAAGAAGUUGUCGUCGCCAUUUUUGGGGCGGCGGUUCAGCGACGCGGCGGCAAACGUGCCGAUCAAGAAGCGGAGGAUACAGCUGGAGGUGGUGAGAUCGCCGUCACCUCCGCCUCCGAGUUCACCAGGAAGCCCAGAGGCAGAUGCGGAGAAGGCAGCGGCGGAGGAGGGCGUUGGGGGUGGUGAAGGUUGGGAUGGGGGGAGAGGAGGGAAGGCGGGCGGGAGUGCGAACGGCGUGGGAGGUGCGGAUGCACAGGCGUUUGUGGGCGAAGCGGGCGGAGUAGGUUUGAUGGUGUGUGAGAAUGUGAGGCAGGGGGAUUGGGAAAAGAAGCAGGCGGUCGGGAGGUAG